AUGCCUGCAGCUGGGCUGGUGCGAACGGCCGCCGCUGGUCCUCUGGCCUUGCAUGUCGUUGAUCGCUCGGGACGUGGUCUUCUCGUCGCCGGCGAAUAUGUGGAAUGCUUCGUGGACAUCAACGUUCCUCGUGUGUUGAAGCGGCAGAUCGACGCCAUUGAGAUCAACCUGGCUGGCCUAGUUACUUCGAGGAUCUCUCGAGACACGUCUAUCAACUCCCAUACCGUGUGGGAAACGAAGAAUCCCCUUUUCCGCCAUAGCGAACGCGUAUGGACGGCGUCGUCCGCAUCUCCAACGACGUCCGGUCUCGAGCGCGUGCAUUUCCGCGCUCAAUUACCGCAGGACCUACCACCUUCGCACAGGGUCGGGCAUGUCGGCACUUUUGCUGCGGUAGUUUACGGUGUUGAGGUAUCCGGGUUGCGCGAAGGACAAUCCAAGCCUUCUUGUCGCGUCCAUCUGCCAUUCGCCGUGUACCCGCAAAUAUCGCCCAUGGACGUCGAUGUCGACGGUACCCUAGGUCAGAGCUUGACAGAGAGCUCGAAAUCGGUCAAGUUCAAGAGACUCGUAAGGCGAGGUAUAUGGGGACGGCAUUCGACUGUGCAUGCGGAGAUCGUUCUGCCCGACGUACACUCGUUUCCGACCACGACAACGAGUGCUCCUUUUCGAUUGAAGAUCACAACAAGAACCAAACCCAUCAAGACCGUUUGUGGGAGAGCUCCGAAGGUUCCGAUUACGCUCUUCCCUGCUCCUCCUACAGAUCCUUCUGCGAUUACCAUGCGACUGGUGCAGGAAACCCAUUGGAUAGCAGGAUCUACGAUAACAGCAGAAAAUUGGAGCGCGGAGACCGUGACCCGAAAUUUAGCAGGCUUUGGCAAAUCGCGUUCUGGCACGCCUGGAAGUAUCAGUAUCACCAUCGACGAACCGCAAUGGGUCCCAGCCGCUGGCACAGGCAAUGAGGAAGGCAAACUCGUUUACGAACGCUCUGUCACCUUCGACGCGGCCAUGUCCUUCAAGUGCACUCCGUCAUUUGAGACUGAAAGAGUAACAUUGAAGCACUACAUUUACAUUCGGGUGCCCGUCGCUGGCUUCAGGAACAUAUUGGACUGUUAUGCGCCUAUCAAAAUCUCGUCUCGGGCACGCUGUCCACCACCUGCGCCUCCGCCCCCGGCAGAUACCGCUUGGUUAUCUCCUACAGAUAAUCUGCCCAGCUUGCAAGACCUCCUCACGACAGAAACUGUUCCAACGUACGACGACACUGUGCACCUGAAUCUCCCUCGAUUAUACUGGGCUACUAAGAGCACUACCUAG